CCUGUCAUCGAUCCAAGCAUCCCUCCACACACUUCUUCGAAUCACACACAGACUCUACACAAGUGCACGGGGACUAUAACUUUAGCGCAUCACGAUGACCUCUUUCUACGACGAGAUCGAAAUCGAGGACUUUGAAUACGAUGAGGAUGAGGAUAUUUACUUUUAUCCCUGUCCGUGCGGUGACCGCUUCCAGAUCACCAAGGAGGAGCUCCAGGACGGCGAGGAUAUUGCUCGGUGUCCGAGCUGCUCCCUCUUGAUCAGAGUCAUUUACGACCCCGAUGAUUUCGCAGACGAGGACGAUGAGGAGAACACUUUCACGAUGACCGCAGUCGCAGAUGCCCUCCCGGAGCCCGUUGCCGCUUAAGCAACCUCAACCCUGAAAAAAAAAAUUCUUCGACUCGCUUUUUACCCGACCCAUUGCAUAUCUCAGCAACACACCAGCAUAUAUCAUAGCAUUAUAUAACAACAACAUCUGUUUCUUUUGUCUUUUCUUACUCAAUAUAAGUCGUUUUUCGACAACUGUACAAUAACCGCAGGAAUUGCUGUGCCCAAUGCUUGUUUGU